UAGUUAGAACUUGUACGACAAACACCUCAAUUCGUCGUUCUUCAAAUUCCUCAUACAAAAUACAAAUCUAACUAACCAAGAAGAAGAAAAUCAAAGAAAAAAUAAACAAAAAUCCAUUUAACCCAAAAUAAAUACACAUAACCAGAGAAACGGGUGCGUCUUGUUAGUGACAAAAACAAAACGAAAAGAAAGAACGAAACGUGUCGAACGUCGCCGUCUUGUGGGAAAUCCCGCAUUCAAUUUGUAAUUAAAUUCAAUAACGAUUAAUGUUCCUAAUUAGACAAAAAGCCUACAGCAGUGGGGGCAAGUAGUCACAAAAUGUGUUUAUAAUUCUUCACCGAAAAAAGAAAAAAAAAUUGAAAAAGAAAAUAUCCGAACCGUGUGCGAGUGUGAAUACUGUGAAGAGAGAAGAAGAAAAUACAAACAGCAACAAAAAUACAAAUAGAAAACACAAAAGUUAAGAAACAUCCUUAACAACAUCUACACGGCAUUGAAACCAAACGAAACGAAAAGAAAUGCUAUUUUCAACAAAUUAGAGAGUGCGUGAAUUCCGGCGUGUGUGUUUUGUUUUAGUGUGACAACAACCAAAUAUAUCCUUCGAGAAAAAAGAAACGAUAAAGAGAAAUACAAAUACAAAUACAAAGAUAAACAAAUGAAAAUUGCGAAUCGCAAUUUGCCACAUUCGGUGCGAUAACGUUAUGUGAAAAUUGUUUCGGCAACUCAACGACCACGACAACAGGCCUAAUCUCGAACAACAGCAACAACAAUACGUGAAUCCACAACCGAACGACCACAGGGGCCUUAAAACAAACACACAUCACUCAAAAUGAUUAAAAAGGAUUAAUAGACCUCACUACACCUUUCCCAAUUUGUUUCACUUUUGGUUUUUCAUUUUCGCCAACUAUUUGUUUGGUUUCAUUUUUCAUCAUUUUAUUUGGUAAACUACACGCACACACACACACAAACCAACGACCGGAUACAAUGGCUUCUUCAGCGAAACUCAUUGCAAUUCUGGCUUUGACCAGCCUCUUCGUAUGCAAUGUCAGCAUGCAACAGCAGCAGUCGCCACAACAACAGCAACAACAACAGCAGCAACAGCAACCACUAUCCACACAUACAACACAACAACAGCUGCAACAGCACUCAAAUGCCAUCAUGGGUGAGGCUGGUGUUUCCAACACCCAGUUGCACUCGACGCACAUGGUCAUGCAUGGCACCCGAAUGGAUAGCCAGGAUAUGCGUUACGAUACGCCCGACGACUGCCACUUCUUGCCGGCAGCUGGGCCGGAACAUCCAGAAAUUAUGUUGACUUGCAAUCUACGCACCGUCAACAGUGAAUUCGACACCACCAACUUCAGUGUCAUUCCCUCGGAGCACACCGUGGGCCUGCAUGUCCUGUGCAAUGACGAAAUCAUGGCCAAGAGCUCGCUGGAGCCCCAAUCGUUCGCCCACCUUACGCGCCUGCAGGAACUCUCCAUCAAGUACUGCAAACUGUCCAAGUUCAACAAGAACGUAUUGGAUGGCCUCAGCCAACUGAGGAACUUGACCGUACGCACCCACAACACUUUGUGGCCAUCGCUCAGCUUUGACAUUGAGCCCGAAGCAUUUGCCGUGGUAAAGAAUUUGGAACGCCUUGAUCUGUCGUCCAACAAUAUUUGGUCCUUGCCCGAAUACAUCUUCUGUUCGCUGAGUGCUCUGAUAUCGCUCAAUAUGAGCGAAAAUCGCUUGCAAGAUGUCAAUGAGCUGGGCUUCCGCGACCGAAGCAAGGAAUACGCUCCAGAUGCCACAGCUUCUACUGAUGCCAAAAGGCUGAACACAGCCUGCAACCUAGAAAUUGAAGUUUUGGAUGUAUCAUUCAAUCACUUUGUCCUGCUCCCCGCCAAUGGAUUUGCCACCCUGAGACGCCUACGGGCCCUGCAAGUGAACAACAAUGAAAUUUCCAUGAUUGCCGACAAGGCAUUGAGUGGCUUGAAGAAUUUGCAAAUCCUAAAUCUCAGCUCCAACAAAAUUGUGGCCCUUCCCUCAGAGCUGUUCGCCGAACAGGCGUCUUCCAUUCAAGAAGUCUACCUGCAAAAUAAUUCCAUCAGCGUCUUGUCGCCAAAACUCUUUUCCAAUUUGGAACAGUUACAAGCCUUGGAUUUGUCCUACAACCAAAUUACCUCAACCUGGAUUGAUCGCAGUACCUUUGUGGGCCUCAUCCGCUUGGUGUUGCUCAAUUUGUCGCACAACAAGCUGACCAAAUUAGAUGCAGAAAUCUUUACCGACCUCUACACACUUCAAAUUCUUAAUCUGCGCCACAACCAACUGGAAAACAUUGCCGCCGAGACAUUCGCACCAAUGAACAAUCUGCACACCCUGCUCCUGUCGCACAACAAACUAAAGUACUUGGACGCAUAUGCUCUGAAUGGCCUGUACGUCUUAUCUCUGCUAUCGCUAGACAAUAAUCAUCUUAUCGGAGUGCAUCCGGAGGCGUUCCGUAAUUGCAGCUCCCUGCAAGAUUUGAAUUUGAAUGGCAACCAAUUGAAAACAGUUCCUCUGGCAUUGCGCAACAUGCGUCUUUUACGCACCGUCGACUUGGGCGAAAAUAUGAUAACUGUGUUGGAGGACAAUGCCUUCAAGGGCUUGAGCAAUUUGUACGGUCUGCGAUUGAUUGGCAACUAUUUGGAGAACAUAACCAUGCAUGCGUUCAAGGAAUUGCCCAGUUUACAGAUUCUGAACUUGGCCCGCAAUCGCAUUGCCGUAGUGGAACCUGGUGCCUUCGAAAUGACUUCCAGCAUUCAGGCUAUACGCCUCGAUGGCAACGACCUCAGCGAUAUCAAUGGCCUCUUCAGCAACAUGCCGUCCCUGUUGUGGCUCAACAUCUCCGACAACCGCCUUGAACACUUCGACUAUGCCCAUGUGCCUAGCACGCUUCAAUGGCUGGACCUUCACAAGAAUCGUUUGGUUGAACUAUCGAAUCGUUUCGGCUUGGACUCCCAAAUACGUCUACAGACCAUCGACGCCAGUUUCAAUCAGAUUCAGCGCAUUUCCCCCUCCUCCAUACCCAACUCCAUUGAGCUAUUGUUCAUCAACGACAACCUCAUCACCACAGUGGAUCCGGACACAUUUAUGCACAAGACCAACCUCACACGCGUCGAUCUGUACGCCAAUCAGAUUAGCACCUUGGACGUCAAAUCCCUGCGCAUUUUGCCUGUGCACGAACACCGUUCCCUGCCCGAGUUCUACAUUGGCGGCAAUCCAUUCACAUGCGACUGCAACAUCGACUGGCUGCAGAAGAUAAAUCACAUUAAGUCGCGCCAGUAUCCCCGCAUCAUGGACUUGGAGACGAUCUACUGUAAGCUGUUGAACAACCGCGAACGUGCCUACAUUCCCCUCAUCGAAGCUGAGCCCAAGCACUUCUUGUGCACCUACAAGACGCACUGCUUCGCCGUCUGCCACUGUUGUGAAUUCGAUGCCUGUGACUGUGAAAUGACGUGCCCCACGAACUGUACGUGUUUCCACGACCAGACUUGGUCCACCAACAUUGUCGAGUGCUCUGGAGCCGGUUACUCGACCAUGCCUCGCAAAGUGCCCAUGGACACCACCGAAUUGUACAUCGAUGGCAACAAUUUCGUCGAGUUGGCCAGCCACUCGUUCCUGGGUCGCAAAAAUCUCGCCGUCCUCUAUGUGAACAACUCCAAUGUCCAGAUCAUUUACAACACAACGUUCAGUGGCCUGAAGCGUUUAGUUAUCCUACAUUUGGAAGAUAAUCACAUAACAUCGCUGGAGGGAAAUGAAUUUGCUAACUUGGAAAAUUUGAGGGAGCUGUAUCUGCAAAACAAUCGCAUAGCCACCAUUGGCAAUGGUAGCUUCCACGCCUUGAGAAAGUUAGAAGUCUUGCGUUUGGACGGCAAUCGCCUGAUGCACUUCGAGGUAUGGCAAUUGGCUUUGAAUCCCUAUUUGGCCGAAAUCGGCUUGGCCGAUAAUCAGUGGUCUUGUGAGUGUAGCUAUCUUAUGCAUUUCCGAACCUACUUGGCCCAGAACUCUGGCAAAAUUAUCGAUGCCUCUCGCGUAUCCUGUGUCUACAACAAUGCCACAAGUGUUCUGCGAGAGAAGAACGGUACCAAGUGUACGUUGCGCGAAGAUGUUGCCACCUAUGUGCAGGCCAGUGAAAUUGAAAGCCUCCUCCCCCUUUUGCUGAUGGCCACUUGUGCUUUCGUUGGCUUCUUUGGUCUUAUAAUGGGCCUCUUCUGCUAUCGCCAAGAACUGAAAAUGUGGGCCCAUACCAACUGCCUGCUAAACAUCUGCUACAAGAACACGGGCUUUGUCGAAGAACUCGACAAGGAGCGCCUCAACGAUGUCUACUUCGCCUACAGUCUGCAGGACGAGCAUUUCGUUAAUCAAAUUCUGGCCCACAACCUGGAAAACGACAUGGGCUACAGGGCCUGCCUGCAUUACCGUGACAUUAAUAUUAAUGCCUAUGUCACCGAUGCCGUGAUUGAGGCUGCCGAAAGCGCCAAGCAAUUCGUGUUGGUGCUGUCCAAAAACUUUUUGUACAACGAAUGGUCGCGAUUCGAAUACAAGAGUGCCCUGCACGAGCUCGUCAAACGCAGGAAGCGCAUUGUGUUCAUCUUGUAUGGUGACUUGCCGCAACGUGACAUCGACAUCGACAUGCGUCACUACCUACGCACCAGUACCUGCAUCGAGUGGGACGACAAGAAGUUCUGGCAAAAAUUGCGCCUGGCCCUGCCCCAUGUUCGCAGCAAACGCACCACCACGAACUGUUUAAGCAAUCGCUCAUCGGUAAACAUCUAUGCAGCAGCCCAUGAAUAUCAAGCGACUGCCAAUGGUCGAGCCAGUGGUGUCAUGGUGGCCGACAAGCCGUACAGUGAUUGCAGCAACUAUGCCACAAUUAAUGACUGUGUCCGAGGGUAUGCUCCCAUUCCAACGGCCACGGCUAAUUGUAAAUUCAACACACUCAACGAGCUGGGCUACAAAGCGAACAAGGAGAGCAAGGAGAUGCAGCACGCCAAAACCCUUGAAUUCCAGCGCCAUCACAACCACAUGCGGCCACCACCACCAGCAGCAGCUGCAGCAGCAGCCCUGUCAACGGCCCAUAUGCACCACCAGCAACAACACGAGUAUGCAGUGCCCUCGUACUACAGCAUGGGCAAUGGUCAAAUUCCAAGGGGACUCAGUGUUGCCUCGGGCGCUGGUGUCGUUGGCGGUGGUCUGGGGGAGAUGUCUGCUCCCACAUACGACAGUGUGGAUUAUUCAAAGCAAUCCACUUUACAAAAGACCUCCAAUAACUGUGAUUGCAGCGGCGAGGGCACCAGCAGUAGACGCAAGCCCGGACUGCAGGCCAGUUUUUCCUCAAACUUUACGCCCCCACCACCACCGCUGGCCAAUGGCACGGUCGCCAGUUAUAAUUCCAAAAAAGCAACCUGUAGUUGUCGACGAGGAGAGGAUAAUCCUAAUUGUCGUUGUGGCAGUGGCGUUGGCAGCAGUGCAGCCAAAGCCAGCAGCAGUAGUAACAACUCCAGCAGCAACAGUUCCAAUGAAAGUUGUCGUCCAGAUGAUGACGACCUAAAUCAUUACGAAUCGAAUCUCUCCCUGAAUGAAAUCAACACCACCACAGCCUCAGUGGGCGAGGAGAGCAACAGUUUGUGGGCGUAACAUCAGAAUUACCAACAAGUCCAGCGACAGCGACCACAUCAGCAGCGCCAACAGCAAACGGCCGUUUGUUGACGUGAUUUCAACAUCCCAGCCGGAAGAGCCGCAGAAGUUGAUGACCCUGCUCUAGUAUUUAAGCUUUCCAAGGAGACAGACUAUGUAACCAGUGAAUUUAUGAAGUGCACAACUCUCUAUUUCCAGAAUAGGAGGAUUCCCCAGCACUUUUUGUAAAAUAUGAAAACACCCCAUCCCACUCCCCAACCCCCAUUAUUUAUUAAUUGUAUUGUGUACUUAUUGUUUAUAAUUGUUUUGUAAUUUUUUAAGUUUAAGUUAUUAUUAUUUUUGGUUGAAUUCAAUUUAGUUUAGUUUAUUCAUUAUUUUUUUAAUAUAUAUACAACAAAUUUUAAAGGAAAACAAAAAUGUCCUCAAAAGUUAUACUGAAAUUUUGAUUGGAUAAAAUAACAGACUGAUAAACUUAGUUCGUUCUAUUUAGCGAAACGUGUGAAGCGAGAGCAAGAAAUAAAAUAAAAACGAUACAAAUUAAAAUAAAAUGAAAUGUAAAUACAA